AUUGAAUUAAUAAAAAAAAAAAAAUUUAAGAAAACAAGGGAAUUUUUAAGGGAGGGAAUUUUAAGGCGGAGCUUAUUGUAGCAGACUGAUUUUUUUAUCAAGUCAUAACGUGUUGAAAAACAGGCUGUCAUUUCCUUUCAAAUAGUUUUCUUAUUUUUUAAAGUCUGUGGAUCUUUUUAUAAUGGUGCGUGUAUACAAUAGGUUAAAGGAGAAACCUCCACCUACUGAUAAAGAGAUCCUUGAUGCUUUAACCAUGAUUAAAAUAAAUGGCAAAUCGUUUAGAGAAGUGGCUUUGUUAAGUGGUAUCCCUAUAUCAACACUUCAUUCCUACUUAAAACGCGUGAAAGACCCUUACAACGUACCACCAAACACGAAAAUAAAACCAUCAUUUCACCAUCUUCAAGUGUUAUCCCCAACACACGAGAAACAAUUGUCAGAUUAUUUGAUCGAAUCUCAACAGAGAAGCCAUGGCCUCAGUCCAACAAAUUUGAAAAAGCUCGUCUUCUCUUUUGCUAUUUUUAAUUCCAUUCCGGUCCCUCCAAGUUGGGUGAAGAGUGAGACAGCUGGAAAAGAUUGGUUCACCAACUUCCUGAAGCGAAACCAAAGACUCUCAAUCCGUAAACCAGAAGCCACAAGCCAGGCUAGAGCUGCGGGUUUGAAUAAAGUUGUUAUGAACAAUUUUUAUGGACAGAUUAAGGAGCUCUAUGAGAAGUACACAUUUGGUCCUGAAUCCAUUUUUAAUGGAGAUGAGACAAACAACCCUACUGUUGUGGAUCCAGCAAAAAUUAUUGCGCAAAAAGGCAGUCAUCAGGUGCAUCAAAUGACGUCUGCUGAAAGAGGCGUCAACGUAACCAUGUUACCAUUCGUGAAUGCAGCUGGCAAGUUAUUCCCUGGUGUUUUCGUUUUUCCCCGUAAAAAAGUGAAUGACAAAAUGAAGAACAUGCCAGAAGGUUUCCUUCCAUUGGCACACCCUUCUGGCUGGAUGACAGAGGACAAUUUUUUGAUUGCCCUUAAACAUUUACACUCAAAAGUGAAAUGCACGAAAGAAAAGCCUAUCCUACUUUUUAUGGACAACCACAUUAGUCAUAUGGGCUAUUCAAUUUGUGUUUUUGCAAAAGAAAACAGCGUCAUCCUACAAACUUUGCCACCACACACUUCCCAUGCAUCUCAACCAUUAGAUAGAACAAUCUAUGGUCCAUUUAAGUGUCAUCUUGCCGAAAGUCAUGCAAAUUGGAUGAGAGAGCAUCCCGGACAACGAGUGUCAAUUUAUGAUGUCCCGCUUCUUUCCAAACCAGCGAUUCUGCGAGCAUUUACCGAGACUAACAUCAAGAAAGGGUUUCAGGCAACAGGUAUAUUCCCUUUAGAUCCAAAUGCCAUCCCUAACAGUAUGUUUGCUGCAUCUAUAGUAACAGAUUUACCAGCUACGCCCUCUUCUCAAAGUGCCUCGCGCAGUAGUAAUGGUCUAACGCUAUCAUCAAUUAUUAAUCAUCUUCCUAUUCAAGACAAUCAAACAAUUGGAAUUGAGAUCCCACCAACUUUUACUAUCGCUGAAAACAAUGUGCAAACUCAAGAAGCACCUAAGAGUCAGUAUUUAUUGAGCGUCUCUUCUGCUGGAAAACUGACGUUGACUCCAAUUACUAUUGCCUCCGUAUUGCAAGAAGCAUCGUCAUCUUCCUCGUGUCAAAUGAUCUCAUCUCAAAUAACCUCAUCUCACAAACAGCAGCAAGGGUCGUCGCCGUCACUGUCAACAACCGCGCCUUCUACCGUUGCUACUUCCCCAAUUCCAAGAACAGAAAUGCUGUUAUCUACUCCAGUCAAAUUUGUAGAACCUGUCUCUUUUCGUCCACACGACAUUCUCCCACUACCUCAAGUGGCACAAAGUGGACCUAGAGUUCCAAAGCCGAAUAAAAGACUAGGUGCAGCAAGGUGUCUAACAAGUUCACCAGAAAUGAAGCGUAUUCGCGAACAAUAUGACGAAAAACAGCGUUAAGAAAAAGAAGCAGAAAACCGGAAGACAAUUUCUGUAGGGAAGAAUUCAAACAAAAACAAACAAAAAGAAGUUCAUGAUAUCUCAACGACGAAAACGGUUUCUAUUGCAUCAAAGAAAACAAAUAAAACAUCUAGAGUUCUGCAUUUCGACAAAGAAAAUAUUGAAACCAUUAAUGAAGGAACUGCUGAGUGUCUUCCUAGUAUGCCUAAUAAACAAUCUGGUCAAGUUACAAGCAGGAAAAAUUUGAGAUUGUCGGAAAGAAAAAUACAAGGUGUGAUUCGUUAACCUUA